AGCUCUCGCACAGUUUCUAGUGUGUAAGCGCACGCCAUAUUGGUUUUUGUUUCGCCCUACAAGUUGUGGAAGGUUUGGGCGCCGCACCAGUUCAAAAUUCAUGGAAAAUUGACGCUUUUUCCGUGAAAUUAAUAGGUCAUUAUGAUACACCUAGUUCAGUAUACAGCCGUUAAUUAGUCGAGUGUUUUACUUUCCUGGAUAGUUUCGUACCAAAUUCGCGUGGAACGUUCGUGGAUUGUCGGUAUUACGCGGUUUUGGAUAUUUCUUGGCGUUUCCCUACGGUUUUUCUCACUGGUAUUCCCUUCGCAAGACGAAUGUGAUCCGUUUUUUUCUGUACCAAUAUUCGUAAGCAGCAGUGUGACGAGGUGUUACAAGGGCGAGUCGAGUUUUUUGCUCGAACCCACGGUUUUUUUUCUUGAAUAGAAAGAAAUUUCUCGCACUCCACUGGAUAAGGAUUUGUUUUCUGUGGCUGGAAAAUUACCACCCGAGAAGAGAAGAUAGUUUUUCAUGGUAAUGAAAUUGUAGUUUCGCGAUUGAAAGGGUCGGAUGUGUUGUGUACUGUAGCGGUAAUAUUAGUGGAAAUGUGCGGUUAGUGUGGAAAAUAAAUGGCCCAAUAAGAUCAUCGUUCGUUCUGUUUCUGUUUUGUUCUAUCCCGUUCCAUUUUUUGUAUGGUGGAUAGGGAUUGCAUGUAUAUAUAUCGAACGUAGUUUCUAGCGAGCGGCGAGAAAGUAAUGUGUGAAACGAAACGAAACAAGUGAAAAAUACAUGAUUGUAUAUCAGAGCAAGUGAUAUUGUCUACAAUUAUGGCAAACAUGUGUUAUGGUUCAUUGAGGAAAGAAAAAAGGGGAGAACUUCGAGAGCAACUGGAAUAAAGGAUAUCAUUUUCCACAAAUUGCGAUUCCCGAAGCUGGUUUUGUGGUAGAGAUUGUGGAGUGCAAUCAUGUCAGUAGCCUCUGUCAAUCCUAAAUCAUUGUCGACGUCAUCGCAACACUGUCAUUAAUAAAGCCGUCAACACUAUCCCUAUCGGUCAGUUGCGGAGAAAUAGCGAAAGUAAUCACGAUAACAUUAAAAAAGAAGAGACGGAAAAAAAACUCACGCACGAAGUUGCCGUCAUUAUCGUCAUCGCUAUCAUCGUAAUCGCCAUUAUCAUCUGUCCCUUAUCAGAGAGUGCUACAACAGCAACAACAACAACAACAACAACAAAACACCACAAAACUCUUAGGAACGAAAGAGAAACUGUUUAGAAGAGCGUAUUAAGGAGCGAAAGAGAGACUACAAGUCAGUAGUUACAUAUCUGGCACGAUAAUACCUCCUGAUUCAGUUAACCUGUUUCCUGCGUUCGCCAUUGAAACAGCUGAUUCACAGUGACCAAAGUAACGCGGAAGAUAUCUAACGGCAAUAAUAAUAUCAGUAACUGUAGCAACGGCACUAUUAACAACGCACAACCAGACUCAGCGCUCAAGGUGGGGUUCCAGGCGAUGGCGUUUGCGGUUAUGAGGGCGACUGGUGUCAGCCCUGCCAGCUCGCUAGUAAUACACUCGUAGAGCCAGAAGUUGUUUUGAGCGCGAAACAACUUCUACCGCUACCUUCCAAAUUGGAAUGUCCUGCAGCGUAGACGGGCUGCCGGCGGGGUGUCGACUCCGUGGCAUGGGCUCGACCGUUCAAAGUGGUCCACUUAAUUCGGCUUUGAGUGGAGCGCCGGAAGCAUCGUCCAAUGUUGUGCCGCUACAACGACCACCUUCUCAGAAACCGUGCUGUUUCUGCUGGUGCUGCUGCUGUUCUUGUUCAUGGGCUAAAUGCUUGGCUAUAAAAAAUGCAGAAGACAACGGGCCUACGAAAAAAGACCCAGCUAGUUCCGAUACGCUUUUCGAUGGCGAACAGCCAACGCUAGACGAGAUCCGCAGCUGGGGAAAGAGCUUCGACAAGCUGAUGCGAAGUCCCAGCGGGCGGAAGGCAUUCCGAGAGUUCCUACGCUGCGAGUAUAGCGAGGAAAAUAUUCUCUUCUGGCUGGCCUGUGAAGAGCUCAAGAAGGAAACCAACCCCGAGGCGAUAGAGGAAAAAGCUAGGUUUAUCUACGAAGAUUAUAUAUCGAUUUUAUCACCGAAAGAGGUGUCGUUAGAUUCUCGUGUCAGAGAAAUAGUUAAUAGGAAUAUGGUGGAACCAACCCCGCACACGUUUGACGAAGCUCAACUACAAAUUUAUACACUUAUGCAUAGAGAUUCGUAUCCCAGAUUUAUAAACUCAUCACAAUUCAAAGUAUUGGCACAAAUACCAGAAGGUGUUUCGGCGUCUGGGUCAACAGCGGAAAGUCCUAGCAAUUAAAAGGAAGAGAUGCGUAAUAGUGAAGUAAGCAAAGUCUAGCAUUAAGUCAGAAUGGGCGGAGGCACUCCAAAUGGUGGGAAACGUUUUUUUUUUCUCGGAAAUAAAAUUCACGUCACUAGCUUGAUUAUUCACAGCAUUUAAUUGAUUUCACUUACUAUGCACUAUGGUGGAUAGAAUGAGUCAUGCGUCAUCAAAUAGCUUCUGCUUACCCAUAUCCGAUUAUUUUGAUUCGAAUUGUAAUUAUUUCGCAAAAAAAAAUCCAAUCGCUCACAUCAUUUGGACUGCCCAUUUUGGCUUCCGCCCAUUCUCAAACAUCAUCAGUUCAGAAGAGCGACACAAAAUCGGAUCAAAAAUAAAAUAUAAACAGAAGUGUGGUGUACAUAUUAAACAAGGAAGCAUUAAUCGAAGUUUUUAACAAACGAGCAAGGGGGAAACAAUGAAACAUGAAACACGCUAUGAUUAGUUAUUAAAAUGAUUAACACAAAAUUUCAAAGCCAUAAAAGGGAAAUAGUCGCACGGCAAACAAAAAGUGAAAUUUGAUACAACCAUUUUACAUUGUGACGACCGAGAAGGAUCGAAGAAGUAGCGUUCCGUUCGCUGGAGGAAAACAGUAUGCGUGAAGAACAUGAAACUCACACACACUCACACAAAAUUCACGAUUCAUACAGAUAGUGUUAGCCGUUACUGGUAAUUUAUAUAUUGAAGUUAUUGAGUAGAACAACAAAUUAUUGGCAAGAAAACAAAAACCCCGGUGAAAUCGUACUCUGAAGUGUCACCACCAAUAGUCAAAAACAGACGAGAUAUAUAUACACGAAAUGAGAAAACAUAAUUUAGUUUGUUGUCGGGAGCAAGUUUGCCUUUAACACACUUGAAUACUAGCUUCUUUAUUUGAUUACAUUGAAAGCAAUUUCCAGUCAUUUUAAUUAGUAGACAUUGCAUGAUGAACGGGGCAGAUUUUUUUUAGCAAAUUGCGCGGUUGUUUGAUGACUGAACAACGAAUACAUGCAGAUUAUAGGCCUCCAAAACUUCUCGAGUUGAAGCAUCUUAUCUGUUAUCUGUAAUCGAAGGAUUCAUUUUUUUAGCGAAAGUCAAGUAGUGCAAUAUUAGGUAAGAGUGAACUUUGAGGUUAACAAUACAGUAUCUCUUCAGUACCUUUUCAACGCAUAGUGUAUGUGAUUGUGGGUUAACGGUUGACGUAGUAAAAGAUGUGUCAAGAACGGGUGAUUGGAAACGCCUUCACUUCCUUCCUUCUUGCACAUGGCUACUGUAAGUUGUUGGAAAUUUAGUGUCCUCUUUGCUAGAACCCGGAACGAUUUAAUUGGAUGAUAUAGUUUCAAAAAAAUACUGACAAAGUACCAGAUACAAAGAUGGAUUCCGUCUGGAAGUAUAUUUUUCGCAAUACGUUUCGACUGAAGCCAUUCUAAUCGUAAAUUCUGCCGGUUUUAUUAAGGAUGCCCAGGCAUCCUAAUUUUCGCAAUAUUUUCGCAACCUAUACUUUCAUAGACGAAUGAACAAAAUUCAUGAAUAUGAAGAAAUAGUUGAGUACAGUAAAUGACGGUAACAUUAAACGUCGCAUGGCAACCUCGCUGUUCGAGUAUCGUGAAUACACCAAUCGAAAAGCUGUCAUGAAAAAGAAGGCGAUAGCCUUCGGAAUACUGACGUAUUUUUGGUACGCCUGAGGAUACCAUCCAUUGAAACAUCGAAAACUGCAUCGUUACCAUAAGAGAUAGAAGAGGUUCAGCAAGAUAGAAGGAGUUUCGAGGACCAUUGGAAAACUAAAGGACAAACAGAUCGAGUUCAAUUGCGAUCCACUUUAGUUGUUACAAUAAACAACUAUACUAGCGCGAUGAUGGAUAUGUAGUUUGAAGUUCAGCUGAUACUUCGACACCCAAAUCUACCAAAUGUAAAGCACUGUACGCUCUAUUUUGCUGCAGAAAGAGAAUAUCGCAAUUUAGGUGUCAUAUUCCGCGAAGUACUCACGUAGUUUCCUACUUACGCUACAUAUGGUACGAAACGGAUUUUUAUUAUAAUUAUAGUAUUCCUAUAUUUAUUUAUUUAUUUAUUUAUUUAUUUAUUUAUUUAUUUAUUUAUGUAUUGGUUUAUUUAUUCAUGUUAGCAUAUUUAUUUACAUGUGCCAUUCAUUGUAACCUUCGUACAAUUUCGCUGGUUUAGGCAAAUUAUGGAGAGAGAGUUUAAGAAGUGUAUAGCCUACCCAAGCUCAAGCUUAUAUAUAUUUUUCAUUUUCAUCAUUAUCAUAUAAGGCGUCGUGCACAAAUUAUGUAACGCUAGUAAGGGGAGGGGGUCGAAUUUGCUAUACUCUUCUUAAAUAAUUUUAAACACCCCUAUACAUCUUGAGCAACUAGCUUCGGUUAUGGGAGCGAAAAAGGGAGAUGAUAAAGAACGUGUUUUAACGGAUUUAACAUCAGCCUAUAAAUGUUUCUCGAAUAUCACGUUAAUCUACCGGAUCAUGAAUUCGUCCGGGCUGCUCAACAUAAGCUUAUUCCAUCUGUUAUCGCAGGAUGCAACAUAAAGCUAGGUCACCUUGGUCAUGCUGAAGCAGUUCAAUACAGUGGUCCAAGCAAUGCAAUGCUGUUCGUUCAGGAAGGCACUGUUCUUCGAACGCAUUUUCUCAUGGGCUCGAUUUUAAAAGUGUGUGCGAGCUGCCUGAAUUCAGUGUUAUUAGGUAUGAGGGGGACCUAAAGAGAUGAACCAGCCUACGGCUGAAAGUCUCUAUAAUAAAGAAUAAAAAAAAAAAAGGUAUGAGGGAUUAUCAACCCAGUGAGCACAAUUAAUGUGGAUGGAGGAACAAACAAGAACCCUUGUUUCAAAAAAGUCAUCCCAGGACCCAGUGUUGCCAAACGUAGAGCAGUCGCGAUUUCACUGACAGAAUUAUGGCUAUAUUUGAUAAUGUGAAUACGGUAUCAUGAUUAAAUUAGUCGUUCUUCCAAUCAUCAAAAAGUUUCUACAAUAUUGUUUUUGUUUCAAUAGCAAAAAUCCUUAAAUAAAAAUUACUUCAACAACGUUUCGAUUUCACUCGAACUACUUUUCUUGAGCCAUUUUAUCUUAAUCAGCUCAAAUGUGAGAGAUAGCGAUGCGAAGCGUGUUUAACAUCAAAUAACAUCUUCUUCUUGAAUGGCGUUAACUUUCCCUGUGGAACUUUUGCCGUCUCAACUAGCAUUAACUAGCAUCAUUUAUUAAUACAUAGUUGAGAUUUCCGAAUAACCGAAUCCGAAACCGAAGCCGAAUAACACGCCUUGAAUGUAUUCCGAGAAGCAAGCUCUAGAGAAUACGCGUAACCACAGUGCAAGUCGAAGGAAAUUUCUCUGAAGAAAAAACCCCCCCCGGCCAGAACGGGAAUCGAACCCGAACACCCGGCAUGAUAAUGUGAAACGCUAACCACUUGGCCAUGGGUGCAUCUAAAAUAACAUCAUCGAGACUGAAUGGGGUAGAGAAAAUUGGAGAAUGCUUUGAAGUACCGAAAUCUGCGAGAAAAACUCAGCAUUAAUCGACUGGAGUGCAUCAACAUUUUUCGUAGUUGUCGAUAAUUGAGAAUUAUCAAUGUUAGAAAAUGGGUAAAAUGAAACAGAUGAUAUCCCUCAAGACGUCCUCGAAUUCUACAUUCAUAGGAGAAAGGCAUCCAAUUUCUCGGUAUCUUUGAAAUCCUUUUCUCAUCUAUCACCACUGAAUAAGAUACAUAGUCAGCAGCUCGUUCUUUCAAACAUUCAAACAAACAAUUUUCGCUCCUAACUCAGCCGAUUUUCCAACACAGGAUAUGGCAAUAAGCUAGACCAUUUUUGACGCAUGUUUUGACUCAUAUUUUCGUUUCAGAUUGAACCUUCAAAAUAGUACCAGCUUUAUUACAAAUCAAAUAAACCAUUUUCUGAUUAAUGCACGUAAAAAAGUAUAUUUCAGAGAAUUUUCCCUGGAAUACAUGUCAUUCGUCAACCACUUUUCUUUUUCUACUGGUGCAGGUUUCCAGGUUACUUUAAUUCAACAACACACGCCACAGUGGUAAAAAAGCGAUUGCCAAUAGACACUGUAAUGGUGAAUGAACUCGACAGCCCUCUAAUGGCGAGAGCACAGUGAAAUCGAAUGAUUUUUUCCAAAACUUUCUCUUUCUCGUGUGUACUCACGCGUACAAUACAUCCCGUUCUCUCUUAUAAGCAGUUAAUGCUUAUGACCAGCGUUGCCAAUAUUACAGUUUGAACUGGAUUCUUCCAGUUUUUUUUUCUCGAUCCAGUAAUCCAGAUCCAGAUCUUCCAGUUUUUUGGAAUAUCGUCCAGUUUUAUCCGGUUUUUUAUAUUUUUGCUCAAGUUUCAUCCAUUUUAUGUACAAUGAUAAAUAUUAUCUCUCCCUCCACCUACCUAUUCCUUGAGCUAUUUAUUUUUUACAUUUAUCGUUCGAGCUAGGAUCGAUCUCUCUUUUCUUACAUAGUCAACUCAGUAUUGCUUACAUUUCCGAAUUCAAUACGGUUAGCGCGCAGUGCGUGUACAGAAAAUAUAAUGUUUUUAAGUCGUGUUUCAUAUACCUCAUGGAGUAUUGUUGUUUUGGCAUUGAAUGUGCUCAUUUGAGUAUUGAAAUAAAAUUAUGGGAAGUUGUUUAUGGUAUUUUUCUUUGGUAUUUUACCUCGUAUCUCAUGCUAAUCUGUACCUUUUUAAGGUAUAGAACUAUUCGCAGUUUUGCGACGAUCUUUCAAUCAGCGAUUUUAUGGAUAUGAAGCGAUAAAUGCGAGACUCUUCAUGUUUUGCCCAAAUAAAACCGUCCCUCAAAUAUCGUUUCACAGUUAUUUCAGUUACAGUUUUAUGAACUCCAUAUAAUUACUACACGAAGCUUCAAAGAAAAUUUUAUUACUUGAGCAUUGGAAUGGAUAAAAAAAUAAUUUUAUAUAAAUCAUAGCCAAUCUUCUUAAAAUAAAACGGUUCUCCAGGAUCCAGUUUUUCUUCCAAUUUUUUUGAGAGUAAUCCUCCAGUUUUUUGAAAAAUAUUAUUGGCAACCCUGCUUAUGACAGACAUGGCUACAGUUGUACUGUGCGCAGCGCCAUAGACGAUUUGUGGUGGGUAGCAUGAACAAAUCGAAUCAAAACACUUGGUAAACACCCUUUUCAUUGGCUUUCUCGUAAGCCAGUACUCAGUCUUGUCCGCCACAGAGCCGAUACGGUCCCGACAAGGCCUUUGCAGCCAAAUUGUCCACCAAGACACAAGUCCAAUCGCCAGCCUUUGUUUUAGAUUGACUUUAAAUAUCCCCAUCCAGAGAAAUCGAGAAAUUUUUCUUUACGAACAAUUUCUAGACCGGCUCUUACAAAACUUUUGAAUUCAUAUCCUUUAUAUCUGUACAACGCGCGCGACGCUCAAACUUUUGUAGACUACUUUUAUUUUUUUAACUACUACAAUAUAAAAACAACAAAAUAAAAAUAUAAAUAGUCCAUCAUCACCAAGAUCAUGACAGACAUAAUAGAGACGAAUACAAAUUGAAAAACAAAAAAUAUAACAUAGAAGAAAAAUUGUUCAAAAUUGUCUAAACAGUAUAAUCCGUUUAAAAAAAACUUCGUCUGGUCAUACAUUGAGAAUAAUAAAAACAAAAAAAUCAAAAAACCAUUCACUUUAAGAUAUCCGUUCGUAUAGAACUUCGUCAGUCAAAAUCGUUAUCAAAAUAAAAAAAAAUUGGCUGUUAGGAAAAUACAGCUUUAACGUGUGAAAUACAGUUUCUCUUAAAUUCUGCUAGUGUUGUUGAACGUUUAAUAUGUCUUGGCAUCGAGUUGAAAACAUUUACUCCUUUAAAAUAUAGCGAAUUUUGUGAAGCACAUGUUAAGAAAUGUGGUGUUCUUAUUUCAUCCGCGUUUCUAGUAUUAUAUCUAUGAAAGUCACUUCUCCUUUCAACUCGAGACAGCAAACCGUUGACUACCUUAAAAACGAACACCAUAGUUAAAUACACAAUUAUUUGCUUCACAGAUAACCAUUGCAGAGCGUCCAGCAUCAAAUAUGGGGAAGUGAACCUGCUACAUUGUAAAAUCAAACGCGUUAUUUUAUUCUGCAAGGGCUGUAAUCUCGAUAUUUGCGUUUCAUUGGCCAAAAACAAAAUGGAAGGACAAAAGUCUAGAUUAGGAGAGAUGAUUGAUUUGUAUAGCUGUAUUUUACUGCAAAUAGUUAAAUCAUUUCUUAGUCGACACACAAUUCCAUACUUCUUGGCAAUUUUCUUGAUGACAUUGUCAAUGUGAGUAUUGAAUUUAAGUUUGUCAUCAAUAAUCACGCCAAGAUAUUCAAUCUCCCGAACGCGAUCAUCAAUCACAAUAGAGAUGUUUUCAUUUAUUCGAUUUCGCGAGAUUACCAUAUAUUUAGUCUUAUUAAUGUUCAAUUUCAAUUGCUUAUACUUCAACCAUCUACUUAAAGAACGCAAAUCUCCAUUCAAGUGUAAAACGACCUCAUGUAAAUUGUUAGCUGCAAUGAAUAACACAUCAUCAGCAAAAAGAUUAAUAUCGCAAUAUCGUGAAACUCAUCGCAUGUAAUCGAUGUACAUAAUAAAUAAAAGGAUUCAAAGCAAGACAUCAAGGUCCUCAUGGGAGUUCAGGUUGGAGUAGAAGUCCAUCGUGAGGAUUGGCUCCAUCAACACGGACUAUGAGUGGAUGUUCAUAUUCUAAAUGAGUAAAUACAGCAAACUACUUGCAGGACUUAGAGGACACAUUGACAUGGUGUAACGCGGGUCACUUUCCUACCAUUGACCAGCGCAUUAAGGUCACUUCAUCAAGGCAGUAGAAAAAUCUCCCACAACUCAUGUCUUGUAGAACGUUACUGAAUGAGUCAAACGUUAGCUGUUGCUUGCCUCUAGUACCAUACACAGAAACGCGAAAAAAAGGAAAGUAGAAUGAUUUCAAGACCUGGGUCGCGUCGGAAUUACUAGAUUUUUAUGACGUUGUUUCAUGUUUACAAUCUUCAAACGAUUUAGUUCUUCGCUUAUUUUUCGUCGGUAUAUUUCCGCCACGUUCAGUGCCAAUCACCAACAUCAGGGAGGCAACUCCACCACUUACCUAUCAGGCUCAACAACUCAUGUGCCGGAGCAACAGCUUUACUUUCCUUCAGAAAAUCCCAACGUCGCCAGCUGUUGAGGCUCUUACGCUAACCACACAACCAAUGGCGCCGUCACUCUCAAAAGUUUGUCACUGUAUUUUUGGCGCCAAUUGUUUAAUUUUGAUCACAUUUUCCGCGUGUUCCUCUGUCACCAAGACAAAAGCUCCAGAAGUCAAUACCGCCACACCACGGUCAUGUUGAACAAGCCAUGGAUAGGGUUAACAGCAUUUCAAAUAGCCAAAAAGCAUCCAAUGGCGAAACACGAAGAAUGAUCACGAAUUACACGAACUCUCAUUACUCUAAUCUUAACACAUUAAGGGCCGCACGUUUUGGGGCAAACUUGAACGCUUCAUUUGUUCGGAUUCCACGAAUGAGAUCGUUUCCUUCGAUGUGGAUGAGACGAAGGCGAGCCUUCGGUAGACCUUGUUAGAUUCUUGGCAAACCAAGCAUUUAACCCUCAAGUGCAGAAAACACGGGUUAUUCCGUGAUCCAUCCGUAACAGACGGAACGCGAAACACGAGAAAACUCGUGAGCGGCCCGCAAUAUGUUGACAAAUGCUGUUUGAUGGCUUCGCUCGAUUAGGGAAAUUUCGGUACUAUUGCUAUUUCUAAUCCUCUCUAUAGAAGGGUUUACACAGAACUGAGAUGUAAGAUGUCUCUUAUACUCCGUGGUGUUGUUAUGUGGAAUGAGUUGUAUAACAAAACAUGUUAUUGUAUUUUCGACUGUUGAGGGUUAUUUCGGGCUCUACUUGUUCUGAUCGCGUUGACAUACUGACAUUAUUUCUGUGGAUCAUUCGUAUUCAACUAUACAACAAUUACAAUCCGUUAAAUUUACAAUUCAUUAUGAGUGUUCUUUGUUUGGCAGUGGAUGCUGCGAUUCCAUGUACCAAGCACUCUACCAGAAGUGGAGGCGAAACUCAUCUCGUCAUCGAUUGGUAAAUGAUCAGAUCUUCAGAUACGGACUUGGUCACCCACGUCAGGAUGGAUUGCUGUGAUUCGGCAUGAACCCCUCCUGAGUUUAGGUAAACUAUUGUUUUUCAGGAGUACCAAAUUACCGACCAAACCAUUCGGCUGCCGACAGUAGUGCUUUGUACGCAAAGUUUCCAGAAUGCUCGUGCUCGUUGUUGCAUCUUCUGCCGAAGCAUUCGCCGGUUCUUCGGAAUUCGGACCCGAGACAGAUUAGAUGACUGAUUUAUCCAGCAAAUAUCCCAGUGUUACUUUCUCCAAAUGAGCAGUCAGUGGAUGUGAAUAAAGGUGAAGGUGGAAUCUAGCCAUUGUAGUAGUAUAGGUAAACCCACGUGUAAAAAUGGGGUAAUAGUGUUUGUGGGAGAAGAGCAAAGCACACGUAAAUAGAUCAAUUCACUUAUCAGACUGUGUGGCGCUUCAUCGACACGAGUUUUUGAAUACAUUUGAAAAAAAAAAAACAAUUCAAUACUAAAGUGAAAUGUAUGAACGAUAUGUUCCGAUGAACAAUUGCAAAUAUAAAUAUAUAUAUAUAUAUAUAUAUAUAUAUAUAUAUAUAUAUAUAUAUAUAUAUAUAUAUAUAUAUAUCUAUAUAUAUAUAUAUAUAUAUAUAUAUAUAUAUAUAGAAGGUGCAUUUGCAUAUGAAGUAAAAUACGCGAGCGAAACAUGAGCAAAUUUAUAUUAAAAAUUAUGUAAAUUAUAAAUUUUGGGACUCCUUUGGUAUUAACAAGUUCUUCCGUAUAGUAACUCGAUGUUGAUAAUUCCUUAAUAUAUUCCUUCGUUGAUCGUAUUGUUUUCACAUAUUCACGUUGGAAAGCCUUAACCCUUCUUUUCGUUGGCCGAGGCAUUUUUAUUGAAUGUAUUUUCCGUUUACUGUUUUUGAAAGCAUAGGCUGCCGUGGCAGUGUUCCAAGCUCUGCAAUACAAUUUUCUUACCCAAUGUUAAAGUUGAUAAAACUUACAUUAUAGACCCAUUAAACGUAAAAAUAAUAAUUGUAUUGAUAUCAACACAAUUUUUUUUCUAUUGAUUUUCAUGACAUGAAACGCUAUGACUCAGGAAUAACAUUUUAUUGAGUGGUUUUUAUAGCUGUUUCGAUGAUGUUGUCUGGAAUCAGUGUCGAAAAAAUAACGAUGCUUUUACCAAUAUAAACAAAACCAUUGCCGAAAAUGAAAAUUUAACUUUCAGAGCACUAGCUCCAGUUUUCCGACAUUUUUCACUAUACAGUGCGACAGCAGAUGAAAAUUGAAUAUCUUGUGAGUAAUCGAUUAGAGUUUGAUUGAUAUUACUUGAUGGGAAGUGUGCGAAAAGGAUCAUUUUCUUCACACUGUUUCGCAAAAUUAUUGAUUUUCGGGUGAGGGGUGAGGAAGGGAGAUGAAAGAAAUGAGCGCCAUUGUGGCAGCCAUUUGUGUCCACCUUCACCUUAAGACAAAUAUCCAUCUGAUACAGGAUAUCUUCAGUUGAUAUGGAUUCCAGACGAAUAACACUACGAAAGUGGUGUUUGAAUGCUUUGACUGUGGUCUUCCAUGGACCGUCAGGUGUCGGUACUCGGGUGGAUCUAAAGCUGAAAUAUAUUGAUGACUAUGCAGAAAUCGAUACUACCUUUAGCUAGAAUUGCUGAUCAUUGAGUUGUUCGCAGAGUAUCCGCAGUUCCUGUGCAUCCACGGAUUUAUUGGUAUUCUCAUCAAACGAGGUGGUUGACAUCUUCCGGAAAAUGAUCCGUUCCAAAGUUUCGCCCACGAGAUCGCCUACUAAUUCGAGCUGUACGGUCUUAGUGGCCAUGCCGACGAAUACAGCAACGUAUGCGUGGACCAGUGGAGCUGAUCUCGUUCGAUCUUAUGUCAAACUGAACCGCUUGAGUUAAUUCUCUUACUAAGAAUGGAGAGAUACGCCCCUUCGAUAGUUUACUCAUCAGCUGAUGUCUUGUUCGAGGACGAAUGCGAUAGUAGUGAAGGCUGUCAAGGUUCAAUGGUCCUAAUCUGCGUGGAGAAAUUACUCAUCAACUGAAUUAAUAAGUAGCGAGGUGAAAGGUUGGGCGGCAGGUUGCCUGAGGGUGAGACCUGCAACCCAACAAUAGGACCGCCCACCACCGGAGAAGCUUGCUCUAUCUUGGAUGAAUGGAUACAAGGUACGUAAUGGUGACUCGCUGAGUUUUACAUCAUCUUCGGCUUGGAGAAAGGUAAUUUCCUAUCUGAAGUAGUCUGAUUGUACCACAUUCACAAGCUACAUCAACGCUUGGCGAAGUUCUCCUAAUGUUAGAUGCGGCAUAACUUGCUUGUCGGAUCCAGCAACCCUGAUUCGACAAUGACCCAUGAACCUACAGCAGUAUGCAACGAGUCUCGAUAGCACCGAGUAGCGAAUAAAUGAAGUGCAAUCAGCAAUUUCUUAAGGUCGAGUAACAGUGGCAAGCAAACAGAGUUUCGCUUCGACAACUUCUGGUAUUUUUCCUAUCUUGGACAGGAAACACACCUGGCCACUCAGAACGAACGGUUGGAGAGUUCUAGGAAUCGAGAUGACUCGCAUCGCCCAGAUUCUCUGAGCCGGCUACUUCCGUUUGUCCCGAAGGUACUGUAGUUCAAUGGUGGGUUUUGCAGUUGUGUGCUUUCUCAAGAUACUGAAUGAAUACAUUGGCGUUCCCAGUAAUCCCAGUGUAUUAGAGAGUUUGGACAUUUUGGAGAACACCAGUGUCCGUUGUAAGGAUAUGUAUUGAAACUCGGUUUUCCAAUUCAAGUCUUAAAUCACUUCGUUUAUUGAACUUCUGACUGUUUUAAUGCUUCACCAUCUAUCUGACAUAUCUCGCUCUCUGUCAUCGAUGCCCCUCCUUCAGGAUCAUGGUUGCUUUAUCCAAGGUGUCUCAGACCUGAAAUGAGAGACCCUACAGCCGUCUUUAAUACUCUGUUUCAUACAUGUGAUGUGUAUUGUGUAACGAAAGCAUUUUGUUCCAUUCAAUCUGUUGAACGUCACUCGAGUUCAACUAAUUCUUAUCGCGCUGUAAGCCACAUAUGGGUUUCGCAAGCAAAAAAAAUUAUUCCGUCACGAACCAGGACCAGAUAACACAUAAUUUUAACAAUCGAGACAAGACAACAUCCAAAAAUGAAACCUCGAUAUAAAUUUCCCUACAAUUCUAAGAUCAUACGAUAAAAUCAUCAGAAGAAGCUGAUAUCAUAUUCGAUAGAGAUAAUCCCUGAUGCAAAACUUCAAACAAACCCGCAACUACAAAUAUUCGUCAAGGGCUUAGAAGGAAGUCAAUGGAGGAAUUGGAUGGAUUAGUUGUAGACAGUAUGGUAGACAAAGUUCAAUCACCUUUCAUCUAUUUUUCCACUUCUUGUAACUUAGGGCAGUUAUGGACCCCUUCAAAAAGCUACUAUAAACGUUGUUUCAAGCCACUUACCUUGCCUUACCACUUACUUGCCGACGCGCCUUCACGACCUAUUGUACUGAAUGUCUUGGCAAGCGCAACACUUACCACUGUUGACCAGGGCUUCGAAAAUUCACCACACUCAAUAAAUGAGGGGUCUUAUUCCCAUAUACACUUCACGGUGAAAACGAAAUGAACUGCAUCCGCGAUGGCAGAGGUACGGUGUCGACAUCUGGAUACGAAAUUGGUUUUUCAUUGAAACUUAUCAUUAUAAUAUAAAAUUAUCUUCAGAUACAAAACAAAGUUUUCCAUUUACAUUGAACACUAAUGUGAUAAAGAGAAGUGAAUAUCCAUUCAAAAUUUCUGUUUGAAAAAUUAAAAAAAAAUGUAAUGGGUUGUAUCUAGGACACGACCGCAGUUUUCGACGUAGAACUAUGAAACUGUAUUAUUCAAUUCACUUGUUUAUCACUUUGAAUAUUAUUUUAGAAUGUAUCGAAAUAUUUGAAAUGCCUUUUUGGCUACUUAAUUUUUUAUUACUUCAGUAGACUCGAAAGAGUCGAGUAGAGUCGAAAGCUAUCAGCAUUUUUCGAUUAUUUGGCUCAAUUCGCAUCAGACUUUCACUCAUCAUCAGACACUCAGAUAUCGAUCACAAACUAUGAACCCUUUUGCUCCUAUAUGUCGCUUGAGAUGUGAUCGAACCCCACAACAUGCAACAGUAAGGUUAUAAUGCUGGAAUUUGAAAGCAUACUUUCAUGAAAUAUUUAUUUAUUUAUUUUGGCUUAACGCCGUUACAACAUGGUCUGAUUCACAGUCUUCUUGUGUAUCGUUCGUUGCUUUUAAUGGUGCGGCUUGCAAGGCCUGCCUACCAACCCCACUAUCUCACAGGAGGACCAUCGUGAUACUGCUGCUUUACGUCCCGAGUAUCACCUGGACUGGGCAAAGACGCUUAUAGAGGCGUCAAUUCGCUUAGAGAAGCUGUUUCCGGAUUUUUUGUGGCUUUUCUUGGGGACUGGCAAUGCCCAAUGCUCAACCCACCACACCCUAGACAGUUUCCCUUCACCAGUACAACCCGGAAAAACGAUCUAUGACGAUAGACUUUCUGACCCGAACGGGAAUCGAAGCCCGAAGCCCCCAUCUUGGCAAGCGCAACACUUACCACUAGGCCAUGGGGACUGUUUAUCUAAAUAAAUGCAGCGUAUAUCUAUAUUCCAAAAUUCUGGAUACUCUUCCACAUCCGCACUAGCACAAAAAUUCUCGUAUGCUGCUCUUUUUUGUCGUAGCACACCUCGAUACAGAGGGCUUCCUCUUCUUGUGUCGAGCUGUAUAUGUAUGUGAGUGAAAUCAGCAUUAGGCAUGAAAGAUAUCCGCUCGUUGUGUUAUGCUAGCUCACUCGCAUCUGUGUUUUCAUUCUAUUCUAUUUUUGAUUUCCGCCUCUAGCCCUGAGAAGGGCCCUUAUGGAAAGAAACUCUAUUCCAUACUUCUCCUUCACCCGCC